CGUCGGACGUAAUAAGAGAAAUGAUCGAGAAUUCUGCGUUGAAAUCUUUAUGCGUUGUAUGUAUGUCAUACCUAAUGUUGUGCAUACCUUAACGAUAAGGCGUGUUCAGUUUGCUCUUUAAAUCUGCACAGUACUCUGGAUAUGGGUCUGUAGAGUCGCCGGAAAUGACUUCUCACUGGCUUAGGGGAAUCACAUCUGAGCCGUGAAUCAGGAGGAUGGUUCCGCGAGCAUUAGUGAUAUAACUGCACAUUUUCACCUCCGGAGACAUUUAUUUGCGGGGACUGACAGCUGCAAACGAGAAAACAACCGAGAAGAAAGAAAAUCAUACACAUCUGGGAUGGUAUGAGGGUGAGUAAAUGAUGAGAGAAUUUUCUAUUUGGGUGAACCAUCCCUUGGAGCACCAUUCAAAUACCCAGUCCGUCAAUCCCUAAAAUGAUGUUGUCCAAUCCUCCGACUGAACAGAAAGUGACAGCGCAGGUACCUGCAUCUGCAGCUGGUCCAUGCCGGCGUGCUCCACAUUCUCCGCUGUAUCAGGAGCAGCUGGCCACAGGAUGCCGAGAAACCAGCAAGGAAGAGAGUGGAUCUGGUGGCAGCCCUCUGACAUCUGUCUUUGAGAAAGCCAUGUGGGAAGUUCCUCCAGAGACUGACGGAACACGAAGACAGAUGCCGUUUGAUCCUAGUUCAGCUCGCAUGCACAUGUAUACUCGUGACGAUGAAGAGGGCAAGUUGAGGGAUCCACGAACAUGGACAUCUGCCACCGUCAAUUCAGCUCCUUUAACUGGCCCAUCAGGAGAGCAACUAGGCAUUCUAGAACGAUUUCUUGUGUCCCAUCAAACUGAGAUGAAACAACUGCUGACAAAUACCUUUGACUCUCUGACCAAGCGUUUUGAGGCAGUGGAGAAGAGGAUGGACCAACUGUGUUCACAAAGCUGUGCCCACACAUGGAGUUUAUCCCUGCUUCACAGUAAAGUUGGCCAACUGGGCAGAGACUUGUCCUCUAGCUGUCCGAAUACUCCUUGUGUUUUACCUGCUUGCAGUCUUGGAGAGGAUCCAAAAGUGUCAAAAGACAACAAAGGAAUGAUCUCAAAUAUUUCCUCUUCUAGACCACUUUAUAGUGCACUGUUCCCAGAGGUAAAUAAAGACCCUGUGUGUUCAUGGGCAAUAUCAACUCCUUCCCAGGCCAGGCAAAGCCUUGCCCAUAAGCCUGAGGACUCUAGCUGUCAGUGUCUAAUUGGGAAUUGCAGUGCUUCCAGUUCAUCAUGUGGAAUGCUGAAAACUAGCCUUUCGAGACCGGCUGAGAACUGUUUGCAGGGGAACUACUCGCCUGUUUCCGACUUUGAAGAACUGGAGAUGGAAUUGGAAGCUGAAAAGGAUAGAGUUGCAUUAAGCUUAUUGGUUGAUUCUGUUCUCAGCAGCUCCGAUAACAAUGAUAGCCUGGAACUCCCUUGUAAACAGGAGGCUCAAUCUUCUGAUAGUGUGGAGAAUGCUGUUUCCAGCCAGGAAUUAGAAGCCACCAAGAAUAAUCAGUCUUUACAUGUUCCUUCACACCCCCAGGUGCCUUCCUUUAGCACUCAAUUUCUCAAAUAUUCAUCUCCAAGUGGCUUGAGUUCAAAGCCAUAUAUGGAUCCUCUUUAUUUAUUUUCAAAUGCAACAAAAUCAAAGACCUCUGUGAAACAUGUGGCAUUGACAAAUUCCACAAAAGACAAGAGUGAGAAUAGUCAGCCGCAGUCCUUUAGUCAAAUUACCUUCUCAAAACCGCUUGGAGCACAACUUAAUGCUGAUAAAUCCAAGGCUUGUUCAGUUCUCUUAGAUCAUUUUCAGACUUCUAAUAAGAAAGAGGAAGAAAUCAGGGAAAAGAUUGUCAUAAAAGAUGAUAAGCCACGCUUAACAAGUGUUUUUCACUCUUCUACCUCAUUGAGUAUUAGAUCUUCAGUAUUGGGGAGCCUCCCAACUUCAAGACAAACAGAAGGACAGGCAGGUAGAAAUAUUGGAGAUUCUACUGACAGCACAAAGGUAGGUAGUAAGGGACAAAGUGAGCAAGUUGAGGAGCAUACUAGCUUUGAUGGUCAGUUUUCAUACUCAAAAGAUAGCUCAUUAAAACUUCCUUUUCAAGGGUCAUUAAUCCUGCCAUGCUGUGAACUCACUUUACCAAACCAAUUGAUAAAAAGUGUAGGGGACCCAAAAACACUGGGUUCACUUUUGCCGGUUUCUCAAACACCCUCAAGUUCCCAACUCUUUGCUCCUAGAAACGGGUCCUCAAAACCAUUUAAUCUAGAACUCAAGUCUAACCAUGAUACUGAAAAACUGUUGAAUCAACUCUCUGACACUGCCCAGCGCUUGGUGUCCAGCAGCUGCUCCACAAAUGACUUGGCACUGCCAGACAGAUGGACUGGUUGUAGUAGGUCUGAUUCCAAGCUCAAACACUACGAUGGUAGGAAACGUCACCUUCCUGGAUUUCCUUCUGUUAAAGUAGGUGAAACGCUUUCUCUGUCCUUUCAUGAGGAGAAAGAAGAGAUAUCUGACCAUUGGCAGCCAGUUCUUGAGGACUCAAUAGUCCCCAUCUCACCUCGGUUGACUCAGACACUAACUUGUCCUUCUUAUGCUUUGUCUAUCAAUCAGGAGCUGGAUAAAGACACUGUGUGUUCUAGCUUGUCUCAAGUUUUUCAGCCCAACACUCUGCCUAUGUCUAUUUCAAGCAAAGGGAGCUUCUCUUUGGCAGGUAUUAAUACUGUCCUGGCUUUAUCUUCUCCAUCGUCCUUCAGACUGUGGUUUCGACACAGGCGAAUCAACUUGCACAUGCAGGUGUCACGUCCUGGUGUCCAUAGAGUUGUAAGUUGGAUUUUGGGCCAGUGCAAGUCUCAUCCUUAUCGACCACUGGUUGACUUUACAGCCCCACCAGGUUUUGACAACGAUCACCACUAUACACGACGAUCCAGUCAAGAAGCUACACCCUGCAGGAAAAGGGCUUCAGCACGGAAAGCCUCAUCAACAUUUCAUCUGUCAAAAAUUCGUCUUACACCAGAACGGAGUCUGGAUCAUUCCCCACGGCACAGCAUCAGCCCUAAAUCUUUGCGUUUGGAUGGAUCUCCCACGGAAUCUGCCCCCAGUUUUGCUUUUGUCAGUGCAAAUGUGAAAUACCCUGGUCUGCAUGGUCGGGGGGCAUCUAGAGAAAUGAACCAGGUGGGACUUUAUGAUGCUAAUGCUGGAGCUCCACCUGGUCAGCGUUCCAAAAAGGUCUCCCAAAUUAGGAUUCGCAAGACUGUUCCAAAACCUGAUAACAACCUUACUCCAAUGGGACUUCCCAAACCAAAGAGGUUGAAGAAAAAGGAAUUCAGUUUGGAAGAAAUAUAUACCAACAAGAAUUACAAGUCUCCAACCCCUAACAGUAGUCUGGAGACGAUAUUUGAAGAGCCGAAAGAGAAGAAUGGCACUCUGGUGUGCAUUGGUCAUCAGAAACGUAAAAGAGUUCUAGAUUUUCCAGAUUUCACACUGCCACGGAAACGUAAGGCUAAAAGUAACCUGGGGCCGCUACGUGUAAAGGGGCCACGGGGAAGGGCUCGUAGGGGUAGACAAGAUGAUGUUGACCUUGACAUAAUGCUAAUCGAGAGGCUUACAGAACUGGAAGACUACUUUUCUCGCCAAGGCCUGGAGGUUUAAACAAAGAUGUUUCCACAAAUCUUCAUUUUCAGUUCUUGUGAACAGGUUUAAGUUACCAAAAAUGUUGGUUUUUGUCAUACUGCCUGAACACGCAAAGAAUUAGAGCUUCACACAUCAUUGGAUGGACAUUUUUCCUGUAGCAUUUACAGUUGAGACUUCAAAUUAAUGUGCACUGACCCAAAAGACAUUUGAGCAGUGUGUUUGUGUGUGAGGUGGUCCAUAAUACAAGCACAUUAUAGUUAAACUUAAACGAAGCACUUUCUGUUUCCCCACAAUGUGAUUGUUGCAGCUAUGUUACUCUCGCAUUCGCUACACGUUGCUAACCAACAUGUUCCUUACCGUGAUUUUUAAGCCUGUGAUUGAAGACUGUUUAUGCAUUUUAUGUUAUCACAAAUAAGGUGGGUGCUCAUUCUAGACUACUAACGAUCUAUCAAAUUAGCAGCUUGAAUUAAUGAACCAUUUUUCCAUGUGCAUUAAGUCUGGACUAGCAAUUAUUACUUAUUCCCUGUGUAUCUGAAAUGCUAUUGGACUUGCUACCAAAAACCGGACUAGAAAAAAUAUAUAUUUUGUAAGUUGUUAUCAUCUUUUAAGUCAGUCUCUUAAAGAAAUAGUUCACCCCAAAAUGAAAGUUCUCAACAUUUACUCCCAGAUGUGUAUGACUUUCUUUCUUCAAAUAAAGAUUUUUACAAGAAUAUUUCAGCUCUGUAGGUCCAUAAAAUGCAAGUGAAUGGUUCAGAACUUUGACGCUCCAAAAAGCACAUAAAAUCAGUAUACAAUUAAUCCAUAAUACUCCAGUGGUUUAGUCCAUGUCUUCAGAAUUGAUAAGAUAGGGGUGUGUGUGAAACAGAUCAAUAUUAAGUCCUUUUUUUACUACAAAUCUCCAAUUUCACAUUAUUUUGUUUUUGGUGAUUUACAUUAUUCAUUUUUAUUGCCACCUACUGGGCAGGGAGGAUUUAUAGUAAAAAAGGACUUAAAUAUUAACCUGUUUCUCACCCACACCCAUCAAAUAACUGAAGACAUAGAUUUAACCACUGGAGUCGUGUGUAUUACUUUUAUGCUGACUUUAUGUGCUUUUUUGAGCUUCAAAGUUCUGGGCACCAUUCACUUGCAUUGAAUGGACCAACAGAGCUGAAAUAUUCCUCUAAAAAUCUUUGUGUUCAGCAGAAGAAAGAAAGUCAUACAUGUCUGAGUUGGAAUAAGAGUGAGUCAAUGAUGAGAGAAUUGUAAUUUUUUGGGUGAACUGUCCCUUUAAGGCACUGUGCAGUAUUUGGGAUUUCUUUGCGAUUUUUGUUUCUUUUAAAAAUCUUAAUGUAUUUCAUUUAGAUGUUAAAGAUUGUGUUUUUGCAUGUGGUGUUCUUGGGCUGUCAUGAUAAAAUUUGCUUUCUUUCAGCCUUUUUAAGUUAAAUUGAUCCAUUGCAGCUGUCCAUCUAAUGCCUCACUGUUUGAUUUAAAUGAAUUUGUAUUUGGUAGUAUUAAAUUAUUACAUAUAUUAUGCCAGAUAGUAAGAGAACAUGCAGAGACUCUAACACAAGAUAAGCCAGUAAUUUAAAAUGUGUGUGUGGGGGGGCGGGGUUGUAAAUGAUUUGAUAAAUGUUUGCAGUGAAUCUAUGCUUCUGUCUUGCAGGUGUAAUAUCUGGUUGACGUUAAGAAAGCUUUUUUACACCCCCCACCACUUGGUUUAUUUAGCAGCUAAUAAAGUGAUGAGCUGGCCCGAUUGGACAUGGGUUGUUUUAGUUUUAUCAUUCCAUUGUACAGCUUACUUUUUCUUAUUGUUUGAGAAUGCAAGCAAGGCCAGGUAUUUAGUCUUGAUGUGGUCAUGUUUUAUUUUUCCUAUUGGAGAGCUUUUACAAUCAACUUUAAUGUAGUUUUGGACCUAUAAUCUAAAGCUUUGAAAGUCUAUCAGAUAUCUGCACUUGACUUCCAAAGAGUCUGUGCCUUUACCUGACAAGCAUCUCUGUGCCAGUAGAACGGAGUGAUAGAAACGUGAUUUCAACACAACCUGUAACCAUAAGUAGUCUGCUUAUUUCUUUAAACUGUUAGGAUGGUACACACAGACCCUAAUUUUGAAAGGAAAGGUGUUGUAUGUUUACACAGGUGUGCAGUGGAACUGCCUGUUUGAUCUUUUUUCAUGAUGGAAAGAUUUCCAUUUUGUGUUGAUCUUUUUUUUAUUUCUUUAUUUCCCUUCCAUCCACACAGUGUUAUAGAUACUGCGACUGUACUUCUGAUCUUUUAGCCCACCAACACUAAAUACUGCUUGAGUGCUGUAAUGCAGUGUGAUUUUAUAUAAGUAUUUUAUGAAUAAAAUUGUGUUAA